AUGAGGCUUUACCUUUGCUUGCUCAGUGUACUGGCCCUGCUGGUGGUGGGGUCGCAUGCCACAGAUCUAACCGAUUUCCCACCCUGCGCUAUUACCUGCGAUGAGAAUUUAUUUUCAAGUUGCUCGCUUAGCACGAACACAACUUGCUUCUGCGCAAGCGACUCGCGCGUUACUACAUUCCUCGACGCGGUCGAGAGCAACUGCACGGUGAGAGACUUUUUUACGACAAAACGGCUAUACCAAAGCGAAUGUGACAUUACUCCGCUCCAGAAGCCUCAGGUGGUCAACCCCUCUACGUUGAUACCUUUUAUACUUGCCACGGUUUUCUUCGCUGCCAGAAUCUUCGCCAAGAGCAGUGGGCUUGGAGGUGGAUGGGGAUGGGAUGACUAUUCCAUUAUUGUUGCAUAUGUCCUUGGCACUGCGAUCUAUUUCCUCGGUAUGCAAAUGGUCCGUUUUGGAUUUGGUCGCAAUAUUUGGGAUAUCACACCACAAAAUGACAUAACCCUCAUUUACAUGAUGUUCCAAGGUCUCGCUGUGAUGUAUAAGAUCCAAAUUUCGCUGGCCAAGAUCAGCGUGAUUUUGUUCUUAUUACGCAUUUUCCAGACACCCAAUUUCCGCUACCUUGCGUACGCUCUGAUCGCCGUUAACUCCGCCAUUGGAAUUACCUGGGCCUGUGUCGAUUCAUUCCGUUGCAUUCCUACCCAUUUGACCUGGGACGGUUGGACGGGAGAGGAAAGUGGGAAGUGCAUUAACUUUAUCGACUCAAUCCUCGUCAACUGCCUCGUCAACAUCUUUGUUGACUCUGUGUUGAUCAUGAUGCCUGUCUACGAAGUGAGCAAGCUGCAGAUGCCUCUGCGGAAGAAGCUCACCGUGGCGUUGAUGUUUGUUGUUGGUUCAGUGCUUACCAUCAUUGCCAUCAUCCGUGUCGUCGUCUUCUGGAACAAUCGCUGGGGUUAUAACCAAACAAAGGGUCUCUAUCCGCUCAUCUAUUGGUCCGUCAUCGAAUGCCAGAUUUCAGUCCUGUGUGCUUGCCUACCUGCUUCCAGGGCUCUUGCUGGACGCUGGUUCCCCGGACUGAUGGGUGGCUCUUCUCGACAAACAUACGCCUCUGGGCCGAAGUACUUCAAUACAGCCGGAUAUGCACGUCAGGACAGCAAGAUCAACAAGUCUGUCAGCUACACCGUGAACUAUGGAGAUGCGUCGGAGCAUGGUGACUCCAAUAGUGAUGUCGAGUUGGUAGUAAACAACGGAAAAGUGACCCGUCGGUGA